GCGAGAGUUUCUCGUUAUAAUUAUGUACAUAUAUACAUAUACACGUUAACUUUUAUAAUAUAGUGUCGUACUUUACUCGUACUCUUGAGAUUCGACUGCAUAUUUUGCUCGUUACGUGCCUAUUACAGUGUGCCUACAGUUCGAUUUGUACCUGUACAUUUGUAACAGUGAGUUCGUGUACAACCUCUAUAGGUACAUCGUUUUCUUUCAUCGUCUCUAAAUCUGUGUGUGUGUGUGUGUGUGUGUGCAUAUAUAGACUUACCUCACACCUGCAGUUUGUAAUACGGUGAUUUGGUUCAGUGCCGAGAGCCACCAAGUAAAAGAGAGAGCUCUCCGGCGCAUGUUUGUAUUCUCGCUCCUCUUUACAAUUUCACAUCAAGUACUUACGUAUAUAAGUAUUUAAGUUAAGUACGCUUCGCGUCGUCAACAACUAAACAGUGCCGGCGAAAAUAAACUCUACACAAGUAUCAAAGUGCGCCUGUAACCAUAAUAUAUAUAUGUGUGUACAUGUGAUUCAGCCAAAUUUUGGCUUUUCUUGCAUAACUUGCGUUACUAAAUACAAUAACCGAUGUCCAGAGGACCAGUGGCAAUUUAAAUAACUAUACCUAUACCUAACACAAGUAUGCGGUGCCUACAGCGUCGCCGCUGACGAGCUCGAAGCUCGACAAGUGCAACCGAGCACUUCCCAGUACCUAUACUUACUUAUUUUAUAUAAUAUCCUCGCGUUGCAGGCAAAUCGAACGAGACUUUAUAUUAUCCCUCGUACCUACAGUCGUUCAUAAAUACUUAUCUAUACGUCUUUGUACGUAACGUCACUUGUGCCUUUGAACAGUGCCAAUAAAAUAAUAAACCAAAGUAUUUUUAAAAAAGAAGUGAGCGAUUCGACAAACUCGUCGCUUGACUGAGCCUAUCUUUGUUUCAUCGUUGUGUCAGAUACAGAUACGGAUACAGUGAAAAGCCACAGUAGAGUCCGCUCUUCAAGAGGCAAUCUACAUCAAAUUUCCUCUGGGACACAACAGUCUCAGAUAACAUGGAUUUUGAAUCAUCUUUGUAUGAUUUCGGAGAAGAGGAACAAGAUUUUUACGAAGAAGCCCCAGGAAUCAGGAAGGGAUAUCCAAUUGAUCAUCGAUCUCUAAAGCAGCAUGCGACCGGGGUCAGCGGCUUACUGGGCUACAGCGGCGGCAUGAUGAUGAUGUCUAAAUUCAUGAAGCAGGAGUUAACUUCAGAUGCCGAGGAGGAAGGCCUCGUGCCAAAUAUUCCCGGACGCUUCAGCGGUGCUUUCGCCAUGCGCAAGGUUCCUUCUCUCUCGGACCUAUCAGACCCGGAGAGCUCACUCGGUACGCCGAUAAAAUUGGUGGUGGCCAAGUGCUGGGACCCCAACCCGAAGGGCUACUUCACGAUCCCGCGGACGGAGCCGGUGCGGCCGAUCGACCCUGGCGCCUGGGUCGCCCACACUGCGGCUAUCCGAGGCGAGGGCUUUCCACCCCGGCCGCCCAGCGCCACGACCAUCACCUCGACGUCCAGCAGCCUGGCCAGUACAUUACCGGACAACGAGUGGCCGUUCGACGAGCUGGAUCUGUCUGUCAACACCGACAUGGCUACGAUUGUGCGAGCGAUGGCCCGGCCGGACUCGGGCCUCGAGAUACGCGACCGCAUGUGGCUCAAGAUCACCAUACCCAACGCCUUCAUCGGCGCGGACGUCGUCGAUUGGCUGCACACGCACGUCAAGGGCUUUAUCGACAGGCGGGACGCGCGCAAGUACGCCUCCCUGAUGCUGAAGGCGGGAUUUAUCAGGCACACGGUCAACAAAAUCACCUUUUCCGAGCAGUGCUACUACAUAUUUGGGGACCUGUGCUCGGCGAUGAGCAACAUGAAGCUUGACUGCGACACUGUCGGCCCACUGCCGCCGCCCAGCGCCUGGGACAUGCCUUACUCGGGGACUUACGCGCCCCACGCGGCCACGGGCUACAGUCCCAUGCCCUUCAACUUUACGAACGAGCCCACGGUCUACGGCUACCACCGCGACGACAGCCUGCACAGCGGCUCAGGUAUCUUGGCUGAUUCUUCCGAUCGCUUGAUCACUUAG